CGCUACGUCCCUAUAGGAGCAGCGGCGAUAGCUGCCAUAUCACAGAGAAGGUCUAAUUACCGGACUUUGUGCUGGUGCAGGCUACACGUGAGUCGGAAGCUGUUCCCCUACCGGAGGCGCGCGUGCGCUCUAACCACAGCACCGACGGCUUUGCGAAGUGGCAGCUCAGGGAACUAUAGACAUCAGUCUGAACCGAAGCCUCUACUGGAGGACACGCACCGUGCAUCAUCUCUCUCUCUCUCACACACACACUCUCUCUCUCUCUCUCUGCCGUCCGUCCGCGGGUCGUGGAAUAACAACACAUUUUCCUCUCAAAGAGGCUCAGGAGCGAAUAUCCAGCAGCAGCGGAGAAAGUGAUGGAUGAAAGAAUACCGCAUUUACAGGACAGACAGUUCAUGGAGCACGCAGAUUUCUUGGGGGUGGAUUACCCCUCUCUCUACAUGUGCAAGUCCAAAAGAGGAAUAAAACGGGAGGAUGGUGGGAAGCAGGACGCAUACAAGUUACCACACCGGUUGAUAGAGAAGAAGAGGAGAGACAGAAUCAACGAAUGUAUUGGGCAGCUGAAGGAUUUGUUACCCGAACACCUAAAGCUAUCGACGCUCGGGCAUUUGGAGAAAGCAGUUGUCUUGGAGUUAACAUUGAAACAUUUAAACGCACUGACUGCUGUCACUGAGCAGCAGCACCAAAAGAUCAUUGCUUUGCAGAGUGGGGACCGGUCGAUGAAAUCUUCCAUUCAUGCAGAUCUGGAUGCGUUCCACUCCGGGUUCCAGGCCUGUGCCAAAGAGGUCCUGCAGUACCUGAGCCAGUUUGAGAACUGGACGACACGAGAGCAGAGGUGCGCGCAGCUCAUCAACCACCUUCACAAGGUGCUGGCGCAGUUCCAGGCCGGCGCGCCGCCGCUCCAACACCAGCUACCCGCCGGGGACUCACAGGAUGGGCAGAAAGCCGACAGCCAAGCUAACUGUGUCCCGGUCAUCCAGAGGACCCAAGGCGGGGAGCUUAAUGAAAAUGACACAGACACGGACAGUGGAUACGGGGGCGAGGCUGAAAAGAGUGAUGGCAAAGAUAAAGAAUGUGAGCGCAAUAAGGCGCAGGGACAUAAGGCGGUGAAGAUCAAGCAAGAGUUUGGAGAUGAUCGCGCUGCCAAAAAACCAAAGAUGAACUGGCCUGGGAGCGGGAUAGGGGGCACAGAUCCAACCAGACCCGAUCUGGCUUUAAUGAACUCUCUGAUGGGAAUAAGCAGUGUGGGACAGCAGACACCUAUUUGCAUGCCUUUCUACUUCAUCAACCCCUCAGCUGCCGCGUCCUAUAUGCCUUUUUUCGAUAAAAGCAACAUUGAGAAGUACAUGUACCCAGCAGCGGCCGCUCUAGCGUCCCCUUUCCCCUGGCUAUACCCGGCACACGCGUCAGCAGCGGCGGCUGCGGCUGCUGCUGCCGCUUUCCCGAGUUUGUCUGCGCAUUUUGGAGCCUCUUCCCAGUCCAAGGACUCCCACGGUCCAGACAGCGACGAGUCACACGAGGCUGAGACAGGCUCACCUGAGGAGCGCGAGGAAAGUCCCGCGAGUGAAGACGGGGAGGGUGACGUAGAUGACACGUUCCAGGAGAGCAAGAAUAGCCCACAUGAUCAGUUCUCUGCCUGCCAAACGAGCUAAUUUGUCUGUGUUACCUUUCCGUGCAUUCUGAGGAGUUUAUGUAUUUCUCUCUUCUUCUUUUCUUUCUUUUUUUUUUUUUUUUAAUUAGGCGAGUUUUAAAACGAGGUUUCUCGGAAGAGUUUCUCAUGUACAGUAUCUUGAAACAGGGGAUAGUUGUGACGGUGCGUGCCUUUUGCACUUAUGCUAGAUUAAUCAGUUUAGAUGAUUAUCGACAAUGAUUGACAUUAAUACAUGGCUGUGUUGUGCUGGAGUUAGUUUUUUAUCCUCUUUGAUAAAAAUAUUUUGAAAUGGCAGCAUUGGUGCCAAAACUUUGAGUACAACAGUGCGCAAUAUCCCAAUCAGCGAGUCUCUCUUUGGAUGUAUUAAGUUGCAACUGACCUCUGCCAAGGUUGUUAAGAGCUUGGCUGACUCUGACUGUAAAUAUUAUUACCUGAAAGACAGUCUGAUUCAUGAACAUGUAAAUGUGCACUAAAGGGGGCCUAUAAAAGAAGUGCUCCUGGAAGUGUAACGCCCUCAAGUACCUCAUCCCCAACUUUGCAUGGGGUAGGCUGAUUGGGAGGCACAUUAGUGUCCCUCCUGAGAAGAAGUGAAUGGUACCCCCUUCCUAAUAAACACACCGUCUCCAUAAUUAACAAAAAAAUAAAUAAAAAAAUACAAAAAAAAAAGCUACUUUACACUUUGAUAAUAAUAUGGCAAAGGUAUUAUGCCUGAUUGCCCUCAAGUCAUUUUUACAGAUCUGAGUUUACUCUGGUUUCCUUUUUCUGUUUUUUCUUGUGAGGGGAAAAAAAAGCAAUCACUGAAAUAAUUCAGAAUAAUGAAAAGAAGAAACCCUUCAUUCACAAGGGGCUGCUUGACCAGCAUAUUGUACGUUCCUCUGAAUGAAGCAUUUCAGCACAGAGAUGCAGUGACCUCCUGUACCUCCAGGAAACGUUGUAGGAUAGCACCUUAUAGAUCUUUGAUAUUGAAUGUACCUGUAUUUUCCCAGCUGUCAAAGUUUGUAUGUAGAAUGAUCUUUACUCUUUUGAGACGUAAAGUGCACUUUUUUCUGCUUUUACCCCACCCCCCAAAACAGUCACCUCAUCAUUUUAAAUUUUAAACAGUCUAUCACUGUAGUUCACUCUUUAACCUUUUUAUUGUGUUGUCUUGAAAUAAACAAAAACAUUUCAUUUUUAAAAGAGAGAGCAGAGACACCAUAUGCGUUGUGAUGAUUUCACACAGUAAAGCCGUGGUUGCUUGAUUUAACAAAACAAAACCUAUUUUCUAGCUCUUUCAGGGCAAAAAUGAUUCAAAUCAUAAUCAGAUUUGAAAUCCCUGCACACCACUACAUGCCAGACUAUCCCCAUUUCUGUGUUAUAUGCUAUCAUUAUGUGAAACUUUGCUUUUCAAAUAUUUGACAAAGGUGGGGAAGAAGCUGUGGUCAUGGGACCAUCAGCUCUGAUCAUAGCAGUUUUAUGAACUUUAACUUUACCUUGGCCUGUUUUCUAAGAGAUUAAUUCCUGCAAGUGUAGUGUUGUUCCGCUUUUUUUAAGUUUCACAUGUGACUGAAUAAACAGAUAAUUUCCAUUGUAUUUUGCAUACAUGACAUUGCUUUUGUAGUUUUCCUCAGCUGGUUUUGCCUCAAAUCUGUUAUCAACUGUUAUGUAAAGUGGCAUGUGCGUCUGUAAAUAGAUUUUUGUGAAUAUACCAUAAAGUAUACAUGUCUAUGUCAAUGUUGUAGAGGUCUAUGGAUUUUUUUAAAAGACUUAACUGAGCAACUGUUGCACAUUUCGUUAAUGCUUUACACAUAUGCUGUUCUAAAUUAUUGCUGAUGAGUUGUAAAAUAAAUAUCAAAACUAAA